AUGGUAACUGAACCUGUCUGGAAAAUACUGGUUUUGGAUAAGAUUGGUCAAGAUGUAAUUUCUCCGCUGCUACCCAUCAAGAGCCUGCGAGACCUCGGAGUGACCUUGCAUUUAUUAAUUGGCUCGAAGCGCGAGGCUCUCACGGACGUACCAGCCGUUUAUUUCGUUUCACCAACAGACGAAAACGUGGACUUAUUGUGUGAAGAUCUCAGGCAGGGAAUGUACGAUAGCUUCUACAUCAAUUUUAUCUCUCCGCUUUCUCGUGUCCGUCUCGAAAACUUGGCAUCUGCAGCUGUUCACGGUGGAUCUGAUGGGCAAGUGCAGAAGAUUGUGGACCAGUAUUUAAACUUCAUUUCACUUGAAGACGACCUCUUCGUCCUGCGUCGUUAUAGCGAAAAUAGCCCUAUGUCGUACUUUGCCAUUAAUGACCCCUCGACGUCGGAUGAUCAAAUGGCUGCAUUCAUUGAUUCUGUAGCGGAUGGCUUAUUCGCUGUGUGUGCAACUAUGGGUAUUGUGCCCAUAAUACGUUGUCCAAAAGAUAACGCUCGUUUGGACCAAAAGCUUCGCGAUAAUCUCAGAGACGCACGUAAUAAUCUUUUCACCAUUGAAAGUGUUCGAGCUGGUCAACUAAAUGCAAGUCGUCCUCUGCUUAUCAUCGCUGACCCAGCUUAUUCAGAGAAGUCUGGCAAGAAAAAGGAGUAUGACAUGUCCAGUGGCGGAACGGAUAAACUGUGGACAAAACACAAAGGCAGUGCUUUCCCAUUGGUUGCCGAGGCAGUUCAGGAAGAUUUGGAAGCUUAUCGAAACAGUGAGGACGAAAUCAAGCGACUUAAACAUGCGAUGGGUAUGGAUGGUACCGAUGCGGAUGCAGCAAUGACAUCACUUUUGUCGGAUACUACAGCAAAACUAGGAUCUACUGUUACAUCACUUCCUCAGCUUUUGGAAGCCAAGAGGUUGAUAGAUCUUCAUACAAAUGUGGCCACAACCCUUCUGGAUCACAUAAAACAGCGAAAGUUGGACGUUCUCUUCGAGCUAGAACAGAAGCUGUUGCAACAUUCUCCUCUUGAAAUACCGCUUCUUCAAUUAUUAUCGGACCUCACAAAUCCUGAAGAUGUUCUGAGGGUGAUCUUGAUCAACUACUUAUGUCAAGAAAACAUCAGCAAGGCUGAGCUUGAGGAGCAAUUGAAUUUUCUACGGGAAAGAGCAAUAGACGAAUCAGCAAUCAAUAUCGCAGUUGGGAAGAACAGCACCAGAGGAACAUCAAAGGUGCCCGGUACGAAGACCAUUAAUAUGUUCAACAAGUUGCUCAGUCACAGCUCACGAUUUGUGAUGGAAGGAGUGAAGAAUUUGGUUCCCAAGAAACACAAUUUGCCUUUAACUAGGGUGAGUAUUUCAAAUGGUUGUUCCUUGCGGAAUUUUCAUUUCAUUUUCUAUGUUUUUUCUCCUUCUCUCCUUUCUGCUUUCGUGCAUGUCUUCUUUUACUUUUUUCCUUCAACCCUGAAUUACUGA